CUUUUAUUUUGAAAUCGCAUCAUUUCCUGCCGUUGAAAAAACUCUUCUCUGUAGCGCUUCUGCAUCUUCCGCUGUGUCGCGGCCCGUCUGUUAACUAGAAUUGUGCUUUGAAAUUGAAAGCUAAUCGAUUGAAGAUGAAUGUGAUCGAUCAUGUGCGGGAUAUGGCAGCGGCCGGACUGCACUCUAAUGUCCGGAUCAUCAGUAGUUUACUCCUGACCAUGAGCACCAACAACCCUGAGCUUUUCUCACCGUCUCAGAAGUACCAGCUGCUGGUGUAUCAUGCUGAUGCUAUUUUCCAUGAUAAAGAGUACAGGAACGCAGCCUGUAAGUACAACAUGGCUUUACAGCAGAAGAAAGUGCUCAGCAAAACAUCUAAAGUCCGUCCAUCCAGCACAGGCGGCACAACAUCUGCAGUUCAGGCACAGAACUUGCCGUCAGAGAUUGAAGUGAAAUAUAAAAUCGCAGAGUGUUAUACUAUUCUGAAGCUGGAUAAAGAUGCCAUAUCCGUGCUGGAGGGAAUCCCUUCACGCCAGAGAACGCCAAAGAUCAACAUGAUGCUGGCGAAUCUUUACAGGAAGGCUGGUCAGGAGCGUUCAGCCGUCACAAGCUAUAAGGAGGUGUUGAGACAGUGUCCUCUGGCUCUUGAUGCUAUUAUUGGGCUUCUGUCUCUGUCGGUGAAGGGGGCAGAGGUCGCUUCCAUGACGAUGGACGUGAUUCAGAGCAUCCCGAAUCUUGAUUGGCUGUCUGUCUGGAUUAAAGCACAUGCUUUCACACACGGAGGGGACAAUCAGAGAGCCAUCAACACUAUCUGCUCUUUGGAGAAGAAGUCACUCUUGAGGGAUAACGUUGAUCUUUUAGUCACUCUGGCAGAUGUGUACUUCAGGGCUGGAGACACCAAAAACUCCAUCCUGAAGUUUGAGCAGGCACAGAUGCUCGACCCUUACCUGAUCAAAGGUAUGGAUGUAUACGGCUAUCUUAUGGCUAGGGAGGGUCAUCUGGAAGAUGUGGAGGUUCUCGGAGGACGAUUGUUCAACAUAUCUGACCAGCAUGCUGAGCCCUGGGUCAUAUCUGGAUGUCACAGUUUCUACAGUAAGCGGUACUCUCGCGCGCUGUAUCUGGGAGCUAAAGCCAUCCAGCUGAACAGCAACAGUGUGCAGGCGCUGCUCCUGAAGGGGGUGGCGCUGAGGAACAUGGGCCGAGUGCAGGAAGCCAUCAUACACUUCAGAGAAGCCAUGAGACUGGCGCCCUGUCGUCUGGACUGCUAUGAAGGUCUGAUUGACUGCUAUCUUGCCUCUAAUGGUGUCCGGGAGGCUAUGGGAAUGGCCAACAAUAUUUACAAGACCCUGGGAGCGAACGCCCAAACUCUCACCAUCCUGGCCACAGUGUGUCUGGAAGAUCCCAUGACCCAGGAGAAGGCCAAGACUCUGCUGGACAAAGCCCUCGCUCAGCGGCCAGACUAUAUCAAAGCUGUCGUGAAGAAAGCAGAGCUCCUCAGUCGAGAACAGAAGUAUGAGGAAGGAAUAGCACUUCUACGGAACACUUUAGCCAAUCAGAGCGACUGCGUGCUGCACAGGAUGCUGGGGGAUUUUCUCGUAGCUGUUAAUGACUAUCAGGAGGCCAUGGACCAGUACAGUAUAGCGCUAAGCCUCGAUCCAAAUGACCAGAAGUCUCUGGAGGGCAUGCAGAAGAUGGAGAAGGAGGAGAGUCCCACAGACGCCACGGUGGAGCUGGACGGGGACGAUAUGGAGGGCAGCGGGGAGGAGGGAGAUCUGGAGGGCAGCGACAGCGAGGCGGUGCAGUGGGCUGAUCAGGAGCAGUGGUUCGGCAUGCAGUGACCCUCAGCACUUCAGAAAAACACCCACACUCUUGGAUUUUGAUGUGUGAGAGUGGAGAGAUGCCAUUAUUGCUCACUGCUGCUGUCUAGUGGUGAGUUACGAACACUGACUUUAUUCGGAUUUGUGGAUGACCUUUGGAUUUGUUUGGUAGCUUGUCCUUAAAGUUUCCAGUUUUGGCAUAUCCAAAGAUUAUCUUUCUCAUACAGCACUACACAGAUUCAGUCUGUCACCAGCUUGGCCACAAGCUGCAGAUGUUGGACUAAAUACACAAAUGAUUCACUCUUAAUGUAUUUUCUAACAGUUUUUAAACAUCAUGGGCUUCACUUUUGCUGUUUUGGGUUAAACACAGGACUAGGCAACUGUGCUACUUAUUUUUCAUAAAGGUGUCAGAUCUGUCAUUUGUUUUGCAUGCUCUAAGCUUUUUUCAGUAAAAGUGAUGAUUGUUAAAGAGGCAUCUUUUAAAUGAACCACAAUCACACAAAAUCUUUAGGUUUUUUUUCUGAUCUGGUGUGUAAUGAAGACAUGUCAAAGUCGUAUAUCACGCCAAAAUCAAAAAGAAAAGGUUUUGUGUAGAAAAUGAAUCCUGUUAGGAAUUUCACAUUUUUAUGGCAUUUAAGUACAUUUCAGCCAUUUGUUUAAUGCUCCUUCAGCGUGGUGAUUUCUAUUAAGAUAAUGCAGCGAUACUAUUUAAAAAAAAAUUUUUGCUUUGAAAAUGUUUGUAUUAAGAGAUUUAUUACUUAUACAAAAGUGGCUUAUUUUAUGC